AUGGAUAGUACUCCUGGAGACAAAAUCUCAUCAAAUUCCAUAUGUGAUCAAUGUGAUUUACUUCCAAUUCAAACAAACUUUAGCGAAUAUGCAAUAAAACUUCAACCUAAAGCACCAACAUCUCCUUCUACAGGACGAGAAAAAGAAUGUGAUUCUGAAAAAAGAGGGCUGGGACUUCAGCAAUUGUGCCAAAAACAAUCUAUUGGCACAUUUAGCACACUGGAAACAAAACUUACCAAUCUAACUACUUUUAAUUUUAACGAAAGAGCAGGAAGUCAAGCCAUCUUGCACAAAUUGUCUUGCGACCUUGAAGCACAAUACUUUCAUGAUGUUCCUUCACUUCUUAAUAUAUUAAAAAGUUUUUAUCCUUUUAAUGAAAUAAGCGGUGAUGUCUUGGAAGAUUAUGAAAUUAAUGAUUUCUUCAAGCUAUAUAAUAUUUCUAAUAUUCGUCCUAUUCUUGCAAGUAAUGAUAAUUAUGUUUUUUGGUUAGAAGAUACUGCUGAUAUUAUUUAUAUGUGGUCUUAUAAUAUUUGUUAUAUUGUUGAGUUUACUCAUGAAAUUAUACCAAAAAAUGAAAUCAAACAAAAAGCUAAAGAAUUAGCAGAUUUAUGCAAGCCUAUUAAUAUUGACGAUAUUGAGUGGAAAGUAACUAAAGAGUCUCUUAAUUCAAUAAAAAGAAACAAAAAAAAAAGGAGGAAAGAAUAA